AUGUCUGAGAAGAUAGAAAAAAAGCCAAUCACUAUUUCUAACCUCCUCCUUGGAGCAGGUCUCAAUCUCGUGGAGGUUUCCACUUUAGGUCAACCACUGGAAGUCACCAAAACUACUAUGGCUGCAAAUAGAGAUUUUGGGAUUCUCAAGGCAGCCAGAUAUAUCUGGAACAGAGGUGGUCUUUUAGGGUUUUACCAAGGUCUAAUUCCAUGGGCGUGGGUUGAAGCUUCCACUAAGGGUGCUGUUCUUUUGGCCGUCAUGACAGAAGGUGAGUACAGAUUCAGAGUUUUAGGUGCAUCGCCGUUUGUUGCGGGUAUUGGAGGUGGUAUGUUGGGUGGAUUAUCUCAGGCAUAUCUAACUAUGGGGUUUUGUACCUGUAUGAAGACCGUUGAGAUUACCAGAAAGAAGGAAGCAGGUUCCGGUCCGCAGAAGUCUACAUUUACGGUUUUUAAGGAGAUUUACCAAAAGGAAGGUAUCAGAGGUAUCAAUAAGGGUGUCAAUGCAGUUGCCAUGAGACAAUGUACCAACUGGGGUUCGAGAUUUGGUCUAGCUAGACUAGCCGAAGAUGUUAUUAAGAAAUUGACUAACAAAUCAAAGGAUGAAAAAUUGAAUGCGUUUGAGAAGAUUGCAUCGUCAGUUAUUGGUGGUAGUUUGAGUGCAUGGAACCAGCCAUUUGAAGUUGCCCGUGUUGAAAUGCAAUCGAGAGUUGACGAUCCAAACAGACCAAAGAAUUUGAAUGUUUUCACCACUCUCAAAUAUGUCUACAAAACCCAUGGUUUCAAGGGACUAUAUAAAGGUGUUACACCAAGAAUUGGUCUAGGUGUCUGGCAAACCAUCUUUAUGGUCUCAUUGGGUGACUACGCCAAGGCUUACAUUGCAGGGUUAAGCGGAAACAAGCCUCCAAAGGCCCUCAAAUAG